GUGUGCGUGCGAUGGUGCGUAUGGCUGUUCAAGUCAAGAUGGCAAAGUUAACAUGGGACGAGCUGUAGUGCCUCAGCAAACACCAGCAUCUGCAUGUGUGACAGCUUUACGAAUACGAACGAUAUAGCCGCCUGAGGUGGUACGGCCACUUUUUAAAUUCACUAAAAAUGAGUCUCGCUCUUAAUGAGCUCUUGGUCUGCUGCAGAGGGCUGGAAAAUGACAAAGCGACAGAGAGAAAGAAAGAAGCGGAGCGCUUCAGGCGUCUCAUUCGAUCUCAAGAGAUCCUGCAAGAAUUGGACCGCACUUCGGGACAAAAAGCUAAAGGCUCGAAGCAACUCACAUGGGAUGCGGUUUUCAGGUUCCUGCAGCGCUAUGUCCAGAAGGAGACGGAAAGCAUGCAGUCCAGUAAAUCCAGUGUCACAGCAACCACACUGGCCACGCGGCAGAAAAAGAUGGCUGAAAUGUGCAGCUUGAUCAAGUACUUCAUACGCUAUGCAAACAAACGCGGGCCUCGUCUGAAAUGCAGUGAGCUGCUGAAACACGUGAUGGAGGUCCUGCAGAAUUCUUACUGCUGCUCAGCUUAUGGGGAGAAUUACAGCAGCUUCCUUCUGAAAGACAUCCUCUCUGUGCGCAAGUACUGGUGUGACAUCACUCCACCCCAGUGGCAAAGUCUCUUGGAUUUGUACUGUGACUUGUUCAACUCGACAUCCAAAUCCAUCAACCGUGUUUUGCUGAGCAGAGUCAUCCACACGCUGGUGAAGGGCUGCUGCACCCAGACUGAUGGAUUCAAUGACCCUCUUUUUAAAUUCUUCUCCAAAGCACUGCUUAAUCUCAGGCAGGAGAAACACCUCUCUGUUCUGGAGCACCUAAUUUCUGCCCUGAACAUUUUCUUGAGAUCUGUGGCCAUGAAUUGUCGGGUGAGAGUGUGUCGUUUGGGAGAGGAGCUUCUGUCUUCCGUACUUCACGUGUGGUCGGAUAUGAGACCAAAUGCGACCCUCAAAGAAGAGAUUGUAGAGUUCUUCAACCUGCAGAUAUGUGUUCACCACCCCAAAGGCGCUAAGACACAAGAUGAAGGUGCCCAUGCUGAGGACUGGACCAGGUGGCGGACUCUGUUGUACAAUCUUUAUAAUGCUUUGGUCGUUGAGAUCAGCCAGAUAGGCAGCAGAGGGAAGUAUGUCACGGGGACCAGACAAAUAGCCGUCCAAGAAAACCUCAUAGAAGUCACGGCCGACAUCUGCCACCAGCUGUUCAGCCAUGACAGCGACAUUCACAUCCUGGAGGUCACCCAGACUUCCCAUAAAGGCACCCAGAUGGGCAGUCCCACUCACGGAGCGGCCACCAAACGACGGCGUAUUGAGCUGGGCUGGAAGGUCCUCCGCGACCAUCUGCAGUCUCAGCAUAGCGACUUUGAUGUCAUACCCUGGCUGCAGAUCACAGCGGUGCUCACCUCCAAAUAUCCCUCCAUGGUGCCCAGUCAGGAGCUGGUUCCGCUGCAGUCCAUGCUGUGCCAGCUCCUGGCAGAGCAGCGGAGAGGGGAGAAGGGGAUGUACGUGCUGCGAUGCCUGAGAGAGGUGGCCCACUGCCAGGAACGCUACCCACAGAGGGCCCAGGUCCACAAAGUGGAGCUGAGCAGGCUCUGGGCGCGGAUAUGGGCCCUCGCUGUACGAGGGGUCAGCUCACCCCAGACUGAAUCCCUCUGCCUCGACCUGCUCGCUUCCAUCAUCCGCGGUGGGCUGAUCAAUAUGGACAGAGAGUUCUGGAAGCUUUUCUCUGGAUCUGCAUUCAAAGCCUCCCAGAGUGCUGCGCUCUGCCUGGCCCAGGCUAUGAUGAAGUAUCCAGUCCCAAAAAGUCUUGCAUCCAGUUCAAGCUGGGACUCUGUGGGAGUCGCCGAGGGAUGCGCACCGCCCAAUCUGAAAGAAGCCCUGGGAGCCUGGCUUCUGAUGAGCGACCAGAGUGAAGAGGUGGAGGAGAGCAGCAGACCCCACCCCAUCGUCUGCAGAGACUUCCCUCCCAAUCUGAUAGCAAACAUUUUAGUCUCGCUGACUUUGAAAGACACAAGAGCUGGCCUGAGGUUCCUCCUGGGUACUGAUGGAGCAGAGAGUGCCCUCUUUCAAGAACAAGUUUCAUCUGAGGCCAAAGAGAGCCUGGAUGAGAUUGCAAGCCUGUACCAGCAGUUUAGCUUCGACGCGCUGCCGUCAGGCGUCGGGGGUUCCCACGGGGAGUCGGUGUGCACGGCAUCGGCAUCCAGUCAGUUUGCCGCUGUCCCCGGCCUCAAAAACCGGCUGGAGCAAGCUUUGCUCUCUGUGGCCGACAAUCUGCUCAACUGCUACUCUCCCGACUCUCAGUCCACCCCUCCCGAGUGUCUGGUGCGAUGCGUCAGCCAGCUGACCGGCGUUCUGGGCGCUUAUGUCUCAACUGGGCUUCUGAGUGAAGAGGAGGCCUGCCGCUCACCGCUCUGCACCAAAGCAAAGGCCUUGGCCCAGGAGCUCAGUGGGUUUGUUUCUGGUGUGAAAGUGAAAAUGGCUGAGGAGGGGACCAUGUCCACACUGAGAUCUGUGAUGAAAUUGUGCACACAGUCAAUCAGUAGAAAAACCAAGGAAGGGGCUUGUCCCAUCUCCUCCAGUUUGUUUAUAAUGACUCUGCCAGCCAGUCUCUUCACUGAAUUAGCAGAGGUCUGCAAACUCCUGCUGAUCAACGUUUCUAAGAGAGUCAAUCCUGUAGUUGAGGACGAACAACUGGAUGAUGACUGGGAAGUGACCAGAACUCAACCAGCUGGGAACAAUAUUGACCUGUUUGAGGAAGAUGAGGCACCCCACAGCAGCACGAAUGGGACCCACAGACAGCAGGGAGACAAUGCCGAAGCCUCCAGUGGCCCAGGAGCAAAAAGCCUGCUAGCUGAGGAUUACCUGGUGCAGCAGGAUCUUGCGCUUCUCGCCGUCCUAGAGUUCCUCUGCGGGUGCGGCUCAGUCCAAGCCGUCCACGGCCUGCUUUUCAAACCACAGGAGGUGCGGCGCAGGCUGCUGCUGCUGGUGGAGCACAUCAACUUCAGCAAAGCCCUGCACCUCAAUGUGUAUCUCCUCCUGUUGAAAAAGCUCCCUGCUGAGGACGCGCUCUCUCCGGAGGAAUUUGAUUCUCUGCUCGGUCCUCUGGCGGACCUGUGCAAUUUGUACCGCCAGGAUCAGGAGAUCUGUGCCGUUGUGCUGCUCUGCUUGUUGCCCUCCAUCAAAUGUCUGGGGAAAACUCAUCACAGACCCGAGGAGAUGAGACACGUUCGGGGAUCUCUGCUGAAAGUGUUGUCCGGCUUCUGUUUCCUGACCCAGACGGGGAAAUGUGUGGCAGCUGUCCGAGUUGCCUUGGUGCAGUGUCUGGUUUCCUUGCUGGAGGCUGAUCCACGGUGUGAUUGGGCAGUCUUGAGUCUUAAUGGAGCCGACACAGAGGAGGACCAUCCUGUGUCCUCUGUCCUUCCAUCACACCUCGCAGAUGCCCACCACCAAGUCCGCAUGCUGGUUGCUGUAUCAGUGGAGAGGCUCUUUCUGGAGAUGAGACCAGAGCAUCCAGACAAAAGGAAGAUGCUGCCACUGAAACACCAGCAGGCGGCGUUUGAGAACAUUUACCUGAAAGCCCAGGAGGGCAUGAGGUUCCCGAGAUCUGGCUCGUCGGAGGACCAGCAGGACAAGGCCUUCAACCGCAUGGCCACCCUGCUCAAGAGUUUGUCCGUUGUGCUGUGCUGUAGUCCAGUAUGUGAGAAGCAGUGUCUGUUUGCCCUCUUUCAGUCGUAUAAGGAGAACAGCAUUGAGGAACAACUCAUUAAAAAGAUGUUGUGCAGUGUGUCCAAGGCUCUGGGCUACAGGAACGUGAAAACAUUCGUCACUUCUCACCUUUACUACCUGGUGGCUGAAUGGCUCGCGCAGAGACUGUCUGACGACCGCUACACUCUGGGAUCUUUUCCCUACAGUCUGCUGGAUUACAACACCGUCAAAGAUUUCUAUAACUCCUGCUACCAGGUGCUUAUCCCCCAUCUGGUCUUCCUGGAUGACUUUGAGCAAGUAAAGUCCAUCGGCAGGUGUCUCGAGAAGGACUGGAGAAACCUCCUGGCCGACUGUUUCCCCAAGAUCAUGGUCAACAUCCUGCCCUACUUUGCUCUGCCCAGUCAGGAUUCGCAUGCAGCACAGCAGAGAGAGAAGGCCCACAGAGUGUACGACCUGCUCAAAGACUCUAGCUGUCUGGGCAAACAGCAAAUUGACAGCCUGAUCCACAGUAACCUGGCGGACAUUGUAGUGGAGCUGCUGAUGACUCUGUAUGAAGGAGACGGAUCUGAAAAAGACAAAGGGGAUCUGAAACGUUUUAUUGGAGAGUUGGAUCCUGCACCAAAUCCGCCAUACUUCAGCUCCCAGGUCAUCAAGGCGACGCUGGACUAUCUCAGCAAGUGCCACAGUGCCAACCACAAGUCGUUGGUCUCCAUUCUGUCAAAAACCCCGAUUUCCAUCCAGAGGAUUCUGCUGGCCGUGUGUGAAAGAGCAGCAGAGACGACCAACAGCUACGAGCGCCACCGAAUCCUGCUCAUGUACCAUUUGUUCGUCAGUCUGUUGCUCAGGGAGGUGAAGGAGGGUCUGGGAGGAGCCUGGGCCUUUGUCCUCAGAGACAUCAUCUAUACUCUGAUUCACCACAUGAACAGCAGACCUCCUCAGUGUGAUGAGGUUUCUGACCGAAGCCUCUCUUUGUGCUGCGACCUGCUGGCCUCUGUGUGUCAGGCUGCUUUGCAGUUCUGUGAUGAUGCUCUGGACUGCCACCUGCAGGUCAUAGUGGGCACUCUAACUGCUCAGGUGACCAGUCGACCCUCUAUCUCACAGCAGGUGCUCAAUCUGCUGCAGUUUCUAAUCAUAGAAAAUCAGCAGAAGUUAAAAGAAGCCAUCAGCAGGUUGGAGCCUUUUCCCGUUAUGCCUGAAUUCAGAGAGCUGCGGACCAUGCAGCACAAUCUCAAAUACAUCACGGGUCCCUUCACACUUAGAGAGGAGAUAGCACACUUCCUGUCCGUGGCAUCCUGUGACUCCUUACCUGUGACCAGGCUCGAAGGGCUAAAAGAACUGACCAGACAGCUGCAUCGCAACAAGGAGCAGAUCCGAGAGCUGCUCAAAGAGUGCCACGUUGACCCAACUGACAGUGUGCUGGUGAAGCUGGUCCUCAGUCUGCUGCAGCUUUGCAAAAUAGCCGCCAGUCACCCAGGAGGCGCCGACAUUCUUGAGGCAGCAGGCAGCUGUCUGGGGGAACUGGGCCCCGUUGACUUCUCCACCAUUGCCCUCCUCCACGGCAGGGACCCCCUUUAUGAAAAGGCCGUGUCUCUUUUCGCCUCCACCGAGUCGCAGUGUCUCUACAUCGUCCUCAACUGCAUGAACGAUGCGCUCACCGAACAGCGCAUUGAGGUGAGACGAGCAGCAGCUCAGUGCGUGAAGAGCAUCCUCGCAACUCCGUCUGGAGUCGACUUCUGGGACCGACACAAAGACAACAGGGACCCCAUGCUGGCUUACCUCAAUCCCUUCAGAACUGUCAAAACCAAGGUGGCUGUUUUGAGUGCGGAGGAAAGCUCGGAGGCUAAAAGGAAGCUGGACAGCCAGGAGUUUUGGAUUCCCCAGACGGGAAGCCACAAGGCCUGGCUGAAGGCUCUGUGUACAGCUUUGCUCGACAGCGGAGGGGUUCAGAGUGAAGCUCUCCUGCUGUCAAGACCACUGUGUCAGGUGUGGGUGGACUGCUGUCAGAGGUUGCUGCCGCUCAUCAUUCACUCCGUCCUGCUGGAUGAUUCCAGUGGUACGUGGAGGGAGCUCCUUUCCUCCCACAUUCAGGACUUCUUCAGCUUCUGUGCCAGAAGUGCCCAGGCCAGCAGUCGAUCGGCCACACCUCUCAACUCCGACUCUGAGUCUGACACCGCCAGUCAGGGCUUGUAUGACAAGACCUCCCUGCGCACCAUGCUGGCUGUUAUUGACUAUCUGAGACAUCAACACAGACCUUUGAAAGCUGAAAGUAACUCCUGCGGCACAGUGUGCGACGACAACUUUUGGCUGGACCUGAACUACCUCGAGGUGGCCAAAGCUGCUCAGUCGUGCUCGGCUCACUUCACCGCGCUGCUGUACACUGAGAUCUACGUGGACAAGAUCAAAGCUAGCAUGGAGGAGAGUUGCAAAACAAAGUCCAGAGCAUCACGGAAGAUGAAUUUUGAGGAUAACAGUCAGAACUUCACCAUCUCUACUCUCACUGAAAAGAGUAUGGAGGACACCAACAUCAGUCUGCAGGAGCUGCUGAUUGAGGUGUAUCGCAGCAUCGGAGAGCCUGACAGUCUUUACGGCUGCGGAGGAGACACGAUGACCAGUCCGCUGACAAGGAUUCGAACCUAUGAACAUGAAGCCAUGUGGGGAAGGGCCCUGACUUCAUAUGAUCUUCACUCUCGUCUACCCGAGGUCACUCGACAAAUGGGCAUAUUGGAGGGCCUACAGAACUUUGGUCUCGGCAACAUCCUCAACACCUACAUGAAGGGCCUGGAGAGUGAGGGGGUGGAGUGGGGAGCCGAGCUCCGAGAGCUCCGCUUCCAGGCAGCCUGGAGAAGCACCCAGUGGGACUGUGAGCUGUCAGAGAGGAGUGAGAAGUCCAAUCCUGGCUUCCACGAAUCUGUGUUUUGUGCUCUGCAAGCACUGAGGGACAAAGAGUUCUCCUUGUUUGAUGAAACACUGAAACAAACCAGGGGUUCUGAGGUGGAGGAGCUCUGCAGAGGCAGUCUGGAGGCAGUGUCCUCUCUGUACCCGGCCCUCAGAAACCUGCAGAGCAUCAGGGAGUUGGAGGAUGUCAAGCAGCUCUUCUCCAGGCCCUUCUCUGACGUGGCUCUGGCUGAAGUUUGCAGCGAGUGGCGUCAGCACUCCCAGCUGCUAGUGGACAGCGACUUCUCUGUGGUGGAGCCCAUUCUCGCGGUGCGCUCUGUGGCCCAACACACCAUCUUCUCCAGGUUGGGAAACCCCGACAACACGGAGUACCUCAGCUCCGUGCUCACAGAUCACCUCAUGGAUCUCAGCCGUUUGGCUCGCAAAGCUGGAAACACGCAGCUUGCAGAACGCGCAGUCCACCAGAUGAAGCAGCACGGCGGUGGAGCGGCCUGUCUGACCCUCCCUGUGUCGUCAUGGCAGCUGGAGGAGGCCCAGGUUUUCUGGGCGAAGGGAGAACAGGGUCUGGCCCUGGGUCUGCUGAGACAAAUGAUACACAGCCUGGAGGGAAAGGUGGAUUUCAAUCCCGCUUUGGCACCUCUCUACACCGAGUGCCUCAGGCUGUGCGGGAACUGGUUGGCUGAGACAUGCCUGGAAAGUCCUGGAGUUAUACUGGAGAACUACCUUGAGAGGGCUGCAGAGGUGAUAGGAGGGGAGUCGGGGGCCGGAGACGCGAGGCUCCAGAGCCAGCGGACAGAGGCCUUCCUGUCUUUGGCUCGCUUCUCCGACGCUCAGUACCAGAGCAUUGACAAGUACAUGAACUCCUCCGAGUUUGAGAACAAGCAGGCGCUGCUGGAGAAGGCCAAAGAGGAGGUGGACUUGAUGAGGGAGCGUAAAGUGACGACAAACAGGUACACAAUAAAGGUGCAAAAAGAGCUGGAGCUGGAUGAAAAGGCCUUGACUAACCUGCGCACAGACAGACAGCGCUUCCUGUGUAAGGCGGUGGAGAACUACAUCCAGUGUCUGGAGCAAGGCCAGGAGCACGACACCUGGGUGUUCCGCCUGGCCUCGCUCUGGCUGGAGAACGCCGACAUCAAAGUUGUGAAUGACAUGAUGAAGGCAAGAGUGAAGCAGAUCCCGUCCUACAAGUUUCUGCCUCUAAUGUAUCAGCUGGCUGCUCGCAUGGGAACUAAGAUGGCAACUGGCGUCUCUGAGGAUACUGGAUUCCAUGAUGUUCUCAUUGAUUUGAUUUUCAGAGCGUCUUUGGAGCACCCUCACCACACGCUCUUCAUCAUCUUCGCCCUGUGGAACGCCAACAAAGAUGAGAACUUUCACAGGACCCGGCAGUCCAGGUCGCCCCGGCAGCCCUCGCCAUUUGACCUGGAACGUUCAAACGUGGCUUUGAACAUCAUCAGUGCCAUCAGGAAAAAGCGAGGCGGGAUGAUUCGAGGGAUCGAGCGCUUGUGCGAUGCCUACAUCACUUUGGCUUACAUGGACGCCAGCAGGCACAAGACUGAGAAAAAGGCUAUUCCCAUCCCGGCUGAUCAGCCCAUCAUGGCUAUCAAAGAUCUCGAUGAAGUUGUGAUCCCAACAAUGGAGGUUAAGGUGGAUCCAUCUGGUUGCUAUGACAACCUAGUGACUGUCAGAUCCUUUCUCCCCCACUAUCACUUGGUUGGAGGAGUCAAUCUGCCCAAGAUCAUCGAUUGCCUGGGCUCUGACGGCAAGACCAGGAGACAGCUGGUCAAAGGUCAGGAUGACCUGCGUCAGGACGCGGUGAUGCAGCAGGUCUUCAGCAUGUGCUCCAUGCUGCUGCAGCGCAACACCGACACCCGCAAAAGGAAGCUCAACAUCAGACGAUACAAGGUUGUGCCCUUCUCUCAGCGUAGUGGUGUGUUAGAGUGGUGCUCUGGAACCAUGCCCAUAGGGGAAUUUCUGGUAGAUCCCAAUAAAGGAGCCCACAAACGCUUCAGGCCACAGGACUGGACCAGCCUGGCCUGCCGCAAGAGGAUGGCGGAGGCUCAGAGAAUGGCGUUUGAUGAGAAGCUGGAGGCCUUCAGCGAGGUGUGCAAAAGGUUUCGGCCGGUUUUCAGGUAUUUCUGCAUGGAGCGGUUCCUGGAUCCUGCGGUGUGGAUGGAGAAACGGCUGGCUUACACUCGCAGCGUGGCCACCUCCUCUAUAGUUGGCUACAUUGUGGGCCUGGGCGACAGACACAUCCAGAACAUCCUGAUCGACGAACAGACUGCUGAGCUGGUGCACAUCGAUUUAGGUGUGGCGUUUGAGCAGGGGAAGAUCCUCCCCACCCCUGAGACUGUCCCCUUUAGGCUCUCCAGGGACAUCGUGGAUGGGAUGGGCAUCACCGGAGUGGAGGGAGUUUUCAGGAGAUGCUGUGAGAAAACGAUGGAGGUGAUGAGGAGCUCUCAGGAAGCCGUGCUGACAAUUGUAGAGGUGCUGCUUUAUGACCCCCUGUUUGACUGGACCAUGAACCCCCUAAAGGCCUUCUACCUGCAGCACGAUGAGCAGCAGGAGCUCAACGCAACACUGAGCUCCACAAUGGGAGGCGAUGACAUUGACAACCAUCGUAAAUCCAGUGACAGCCAGAGUUUCAACAAGGUGGCAGAGCGGGUGCUGCUGCGACUGCAGGAGAAGCUGAAGGGGGUGGAGGAGGGAACGGUGCUCAGCGUGGGGGGGCAGGUCAACCUGCUCAUUCAACAAGCCAUGGACCCCAAAAACCUCAGCAGACUCUUCCCAGGUUGGCAGGCGUGGGUGUAGACCUGAGAGAAGGUACACUUGGACCGGAAAAAAAUCUGCUCAGCGCCAUACUGACUCCGCAAAUCAAUCUCUGGCAGCCUUUGCACCUUAUUUUAAAGUGAGAGCACUAAAUGAUAUGUUGUGCAUUUUGAUCAUUCAAAUCGAAAUACCUGUGAAGUGCCUAGUCAUGAAAGUGCAAAACAGGCCCUGACUUUGUUCUGCUCUAAACGGCUGACUUGGAUCUUUAAAUGUGUCUUUUGACCAGCUGGAUGUGACUAUUUUCUUUGCUGACUGAAGUAUGAGGGAAUUGAUUAUUGCCAGUAUGUUGUGAAUGUCUGCCACUUUAUGCUCUAUGUAUUGCAUUUCAUUCUUAUCCAGCAGGAUUUUUAUCUACUUCCACUGUUUAACAUGCACACUCCACAUGUCUGAGUAUAUUGGAUCAUUGUUUGUUUUUGUUUUUUUACAAGGCCCUAUGUAACGUUUAUUGUUCAACAGCCUCUUUAAGCUGCUUUAUCUUCUCCUUUACGUCAUUGAAAAGUCUUUAAAUGACGCGCUAAAGCCAAAACAAAGCGAAACGGUUUAAAAUGUGAAUAAAAACUGAAAUUAAUCAGUUGUUAAUCAUUUUGACUCGAUUCAGAUUGACUACAUUGACUAGGGUUAUUUAGAAAAACUCUGCCAGGCUCAAAUUAUAAAAGAUAUCCCUGUACAGACGCUUUGUCCACUGACAAAUAGGGUGGGGAACAUUUAAGAACUGGAGAAAACAAUGAAUAAAACUGUACUACAAUAUACAUUUCAUGUCAUAAUCACACAAGCUUAUUGACACAAUGAAACAGCAAAUAUUUUCUCCCAUCAAAGCCAAAUAUAGUGUGAUAAAUAGUUCAGUCAUCCACUGAAAACAGCUGUUACCCUAUAAGACAUUGCAAAAGAGGCUAAGCAGCUGACUCUUUUUUUUCAUCAAGGGAAGGUUCAGAUUGUCUGUAAUUUGUAAUCCCGAUAAACUUAUUUGUCUGUGUAGUCAUAGCUUUUUCUGGUCCUUGUUGUGUGCUUGCUUGUUUGUUCAGUGGGGAAACUUAAAUGCAACAAUGUGAAGUGUGGG